CUUAAACGUACCUCAACCGACCAAUCACGAAUUGGGACGAAUAUUUCUCCUUGACUUCAGGGAGGGCAAUUUGGAACCACACUUGACAGUAGUCUGUUCGCGUUUACACAUUAGGUUACAGAGUUAUGGAAGACUUUCAGGGAGCAUUCGAUAGUUUCCAGAAGGACUGGUUACAGUUGCAAGUAUAAUUACGACUGCUUUAUAAAACACAUCCUGGUAAUUUUUUCUAGGAAAAGCACUCAUCAUUGGUUAUGUCACUGAACAAACUCAAGGAGGAAGAGACAAGUUGCGUUCGUAGUGUUAAACACUGUCGAAACUACAUGAAACUUUUGAAGCAUGAAAUUGGAAGUCUUCAAAAAAAUGCUACGGGCGAUGAGAUUACCAUUCUAGAAAAGGCCAAAAUAGAUAUUCUUAAAAAAGAGUAUGUUUUACGGGAUAUUGAAGACGUUUUACCUCGCACACCUGGCUUGUAUUUGCGUAUCGUACUUGGAGCUCUUAAUAUAUCAUUUACUAACAAGGAGGACAAAUUUAGAUACAAAAAUGAUUACGAACGGUUUAAAAUAAUUAUUUCGGGAAUAUGUGCAUUUCUGGCGUUUCUGCUCUACUUUUUCGUUCAGAAUAGAAUUGUGGAUACUAUUUUUCAUUUUCUAUUGGUAUGGUACUACUGCACAUUAACUAUUCGCGAACGCAUUCUUAUUGCCAAUGGGUCACGCAUUAAGGGGUGGUGGAAUAUAUCUCAUUUUAUGUCAACAGCCUACUCUGGUAUUAUGCUUAUCUGGCCUAGAUCUCGUUCGUAUGAUGAAUUUCGUGAUCAGUUCAUGCUUUUUAGCCUAUACCUAAAUCUUGUUCAUUUUAUACAAUUUCAGUAUCAAAUAAGUUGCCUGUAUAAACUUCGUACUUUGGGUUGUCGACAUCCAAUGGAUAUAACUGUUGAUGGUUUCAUGUCAUGGAUGUUUCGUCGAAUUACAUUCAUCCUACCUUUCCUAUUUGUAGUAUAUGGUUUUGAACUAUACAUGGCUUAUAAUCUUUACGUGAUAUCCCAACAGAGCUAUUGUCACGAAUGGCAGGUACCUGCUGUAUCGAUCAUUUAUUUCAUACUAGCAAUGGGCAGUAUUGUGACAGUGUUACAAGUGAUACGUCAAAAGAUUUGUACACCACCACCUAUUGUACUUCAUGAUCAUUUAACAAAAAAGUAUAGUUUUGCUGUACCAAAUGAAAAAAUUAAUGCUUGUUACGAAUUCGAUGAUAAUGAUGAUACAACAACAGAAAAAGUCAUCACAUAAUUAUCGUGUAUACAUACUUGCUGAAUUGAAUUAUCGUUUAUCGUUUAUUAUGAAAAUAUUUCCCUCCUGUUUUGUAAAGAAAAUCAAAUAAUUUAUAGAUGAUCUAUUUUCCAAUAAAAAAGUGUCUGUGUUGGUUUCUAUAGUUCCUGCAUGUGUUUUCAGUAUAUACUAUUGAAAAUAUAUGAUAUACACAUUUCUGUCCACUCCUCGAUUUCUUCUGUUUGCAUACUUUGUAUAUAGUACUGUGUAUAUGAUGAUCAUCCCUUCUUUUGCUUCAAAAGCUAAUUUUGUAGUUGACUAUCAUUGAAAAAAAUCUUUAUCUACUCAUCAACCAUCUUUAUAUUUGGUCUAGAUAAAUAAGACAUUAAACAUUUUAUUACCUUCACUAUUUGUUUGUUCAGGUAGAUUAUAAUAUUUUAUUCUCAAAGAUAUCAUACUUCUAUAAGUUUGGUGAUCACCUUAUUGUGCUAAUGAGGUGAAGUAACUUGGACCGAUGCAUAUAUGUGCCUGUUCCUACGUUGUAGCUGACUGGCUGACACAUACUUAAUGUAUUAUUUAUAUUACAUAUGCUUGGUUACUAUGUGUUUUCCUCUUUCUCCUAAUUGAUUUUAUAAAUUAUUAUUGUACAUGUUGUUUAGCUUGUAUAUUUCUAAUAAGUGUUUGUUUUUUAAAGUCACAUAUUUUGAUAGGGAAAAAAGCGUAGUUUCGAAAUUUUUAAAUGCAAAAGUAUGUUUGUUUCAUUAGUUUAUAAUCUAUGAUAUUAAUUAGGUUUUCUCUUGUAGAACUAAGCAUGACUAAUCUUUUAUAACACUGUUCAUAUCCACCGAUGUUAAAAAGUUUUUUUGUAAUAUCCAUGCCGCUUAUUACUAAUACUUGAAAAAUACAAGAAACCACGACGCGAAAUAAGAAUACUAAGGUUGGUACAAGUGAAGAUUUAUUAAUUUCGAAACACGACCACCUUAAUUGAAAAUACACUCAAUCUAUUAUUAAUUGGAUACUCAUUUUAAUUAUGGAUUAAAAUAAAAUCACAUGUUAUCUAUCCGGUCCAAUAUAGUUCAUGUUUAUUGAAUACAGGAAUAACGCAUCUUGAAAUAACAUCAUACUCAAAUAAAU